UUGAGGCUUGAUGCUUGAAGCAUACACGCUGCCCAAUGCAGCGGAUCGGGCUACCGCUUCCCUAUGCCUUCCGAGCAUCGCGGUGUGGUGUGCAGUGCAAGAGAAGUGCAAAAAGUUCCGUCGAUCACAAUGAUCCUUCGAUGGCCACGAUAUCGUCGCAACGACACCGGUGCGACCUUCGUCACCCUCGGUACCCUUUCGCUGACCAUCAUCGUCGUCGUCGUGGGCGCACAAGGAAUCGGCAACAGAAACGUGGACAUUACGGACCAGAAAACGUUCCUCGAUGUCGGUGGAAUGCGAGCCAUGUUUAAGUUCAUGCGCACACUGAUGUAUACCAUCGCCGGUCCGACCGGCGUGCGGACGAGCGGAUCAUUCCUACAGGAUCCGAUACCGCCCGAGGUGCCCUUUCCCUGUGAUGUGUCACUGGGCCGGAGCGCCAAGGUACCCUCGAGCGUACACAAACUGAGACCAGGUGAUAUCCGCGUGAUAGCGGCUAUGGGAGACUCACUGACGGCGGCAUCUGGUGCAUCCGCUACCCAGUUCACCGAUCUGUACCAGGAGAACCGUGGUCUAGCGUGGAGUAUCGGUGGCCAGUGGGAUUGGCGUAACGUGACGACGCUACCGAACAUACUGAAGGUGUUCAACCCGCAGCUGGUAGGAUACUCGUACGGUGACUCGAUGCCGUUCCACUGGGAAACGCAGUUCAAUAUGGCCGAGAUUGGGGCCGUUUCGUACGAUAUCCCGCACAUGGCAAGGGCCAUGGUCGAGCGCAUCAGGCGCGAUCGGCGAGUCGAUUGGAAGCGCGACUGGAAGAUGGUGACGAUCGCGAUCGGUGGUAACGAUAUCUGCACCUUCGUCUGUAUGAUGCAGCAACCGGAGCAGCUACCGUACAAGCAUCGGUUGCGGUUGCAGAAAACGUUGCGCUAUCUGCGCGAUAACAUGCCGCGCACCUUUGUGAACGUCGUUUCGGUGCCGAGCGUGAAGAAGGUGAUCACGCUGGAGGACAAACCGUUCGUCUGCCAGUCGCUGCACCACGGCGAAUGUUCCUGCUGGAUCGGGAAGCUGUACAAUCAGAGUGAUGCAUCGCGGAAAAGAUGGGCACGGAUACAGGAGCAGUUCAUUAGCGUGGAGCGUGAGGUCGCUGAGUCAGCCGAGUUUCGAGGACUGGAUGAGUUUGCCGUCGUCUAUCAACCCUGGUCGCUGAACGUUACUAUGAAAAUGAAUGGCAAGAAGGUGGACUAUUCGCUUCUCUCGUAUGAUUGCUUUCAUAUGAGCCAGAAAGGGAAUGCCUACGCCGGCACUGCGCUUUGGAACAACUUGCUUGAGCCUCCGGGCAAGAAAUCGGCCAGCUGGCGCCCACUGAUGAAGAACUUUAAAUGUCCCACCAAAGAGUCACCGUAUCUCUUCACCUACGAUAACAGCGCAAUGCGCAGCUAGCGACUAGACACCAAGAGAUGACUACGAUGCCUAUGACGACGAUGACGACGAUACGCAGUUGACGCAGGAUUCCCAUGGAAGCUCCUCGGUGAUAGAGGCAAUGCAAUGGAUUGAUGAUGAUAAUUCCUUUUUGCAUUAAGACAAAAAGGCGAAAAGCUGUUUAAAUCUACCACACUGUUGCGGCGCCGCCGGCACAGAAGAUGCCAGUCAAGUGUCACUUGGUGCUGCUGCUGCGUGCAACGCAACGUAACGCAACGCAACGCAAGUGAGAUCUCCCCACGAUGUGAGCGAACGAUCGCGGUAUUCAUAAUCGAUUUCAGUCUAGUAAGUAAGUGUCAUUCAGUAGCAGCACUAGCAGCAGUUGCUGCAGUAGGUAGCGUGCGAGGUGUAAGUGGGCUUUCGAGGUGUGUUGUGUGCGUUUGUU